AUGGCGCCAGCGCGCCCUCCAGUGGCCGCCGAGGGAGUGGGAGACCCGAAUCUGCGUGCCUUACUUCCCCACCUUCCCAGGCCACCUUCCAGCUCCUCUCCAAAAGCUGUGCUCGGUUCUGUUCCAGAAAAGCAUCUUGAGGAAGCAGAUGAAGUUGACUCCGUUCUCCUUUCAGCAUCCAAGAGCCUAAAUACCUCUGAGGGGGUAAAAGAAAGUGGCGGCAGUGAACCAGAAUAUGGCUGCUUAUCGGAAUCAGAAAAUCAAAUCCAACCUCAAUCAGCACUGAAAGUCCUUCAACAUCAGCUGGAAUCAUUCCAGGCUCUGCAAAUGCAGACUUCGCAGAAUGUUAGCAUGGUACAGUCUGAAAUUAGUGAAAUAUUGAACAAAAGUAUAAUUGAAGUAGAAAACCCACAAUGUAACUCAGAAAAAAAUCUAGCAUUCAGCACACAUACUGAAAAGGAUUUGCCUAUGGAGAAGCAAGAAGUCAUUUCUAUGGAGAAAACUGAUCAUUUUGAGGAUCACAAGACUCUUCAUUCAAUGGAAGAAAACUUCAAUAGUAAUAAUGGAAACAGUCUCUCUAAGACCAUAAAUAUUCCAUCCCAGAUACAUUUCAAAGACAUGUUAGCUGUCCAGAAUUUGAGAACUGGAACAGAUAGCUCAGCUUCUGACAAAAUUAUGCACACCUCUGAAAAUUCUAACAUGGUGAAGAAUUAUAGUCUUUGUCAUUUUCUGCCUUCAGUUCUUCAAAAUGUGAAGCCUCAAUCUGGUCCUGUAGUUCUGGACAAAUCCACAAUCCCUCUCCCUUUUCUGAAGCAUGGAUUUUGUGAAAACUUGGAUGACAUUUGCCACUCUAUUAAACACAUGAAGGAGCAACUUCAAAAGUCCCAUGACAAGGAACUGGCACUUACAAAUGAACUUCACACUUUAAAAACCAAUACACAUACUGUUACUCAUGGUAAAUAUGAGCUGUCUCCCAUUCAUAACUCAAAAAUAAACUUUAUUGAGGAAGAAAACAUGGAAGGUAACCUAAGUGAGGAUAUAAAAUUAAGGAGAACUUCUGAACUAGAGACAUUAGUAAGCAAAUUACUCCCACUCAAGGAAACAGUGCCAAGAUUGCAUGUGAAUUUUUGUAGGAAAUAUAAAAAACUAUCUAAGAGUGAAAAAUGCCAGGGGAAAAAGAAUGAGAAAAAUAAAAAUGUUCCAAUUACCAGCAAAAAUAUUACAGAUUUCAAGUUCCACUCCAGAGUACCAAGACACACACUGUAACUGAUUGACCAAAUGAAACAUAAAGUGAAAGACACAGAGGGGCAGCCAUUUGUAGUAAGCCAAGGAUCAAUAAUAUUUGAAAAUAAGAAAACACCCAAAGUCAACUCUGUCACUGGGCAGUGUGUUGCCAAAAUUCAUUAUUUACAGAAUUACUUAAAAGAAUCCAUGCAGAUACAGCAAAAAGUAACAGAACUAGAGAAUGAAAAUCUAGCCUUAAAGGCCAAAAUGAAACCACUUAUCUUUACUACACAAGCCCUGAUACAGAAAAUUGAAACAUAUGAAAAGCAACUUAAGAAUCUGGUUAAAGAAAAGAGCACUAUUCAGUCCAAGUUAAUUACAACAGAAGAACAAAACAAAGACUGCCUUAGAGAACUUAAGAAAAUAAUCAGUAAGUAUAAUGUUCUUGGGGGCCAAAAUAAAAUGGUAGAGGAGAAAAACAGUCAACUUUCCUUGGAGAGGCAACAAAUGGUAGACACAUUAGAUCACCUAAAAAAUAAAGAGCACAAAACUCAAAGCUAGAUGGCCAUUCUCAAAAAUGAAAACAAUCAAAUGAAUAUAGAAAUGGAGGCCAUGAAAACAAAUGCUCUCUUGAUACAAGAUGAAAAAGAAAUGUUAGAGAAAAACACACACCAGCUCCUGAAGGACAGAACUUCACUUGAAAAUGAACUGAAGGAAAGCCAUUUAGAGAUCACACAACUCAAAGAGAAAGAAGGACUGGCAAAAACCGAGCUAGAGUUGCUUCUUCAAAUACUAGAAACAGCUAAAAAGGAAAAACUAGAUCUGGAGACAACACUACAAGAUUCUACCUCUGCUAGGCAAAUGUUGGAAAGAGAAAUGGAGAGUAUUCAGACCUACCAAUCUGCUGCAGAAGAGAAUUUCCUGAAAGAAGUUAAAAGUGCAAAAUCAGAAACAAACAUUUACAAAAACAACUUGGAAGAAAUUAGCAAGGAAUGUGAAAUGCUAUCACAAAUGGUCUUGGAAAUUAAGACAGACAACGAGAUUCUGAAAGAAGAACUAAAGAAGCAUAGUCAAGAAAACACAAAAUUUGAAAGCAGCAUCAGUAGACCUACUGAAGACAAAGUGCUUUUAGAAAACUACAUAAGUAUAGAAAAUGAAAGGGAUACCUUAAAAUUUGAGAUGCGAAACCUUCAAUGAGAGUAUUUGAAUUUAAGUGAUAAAAUUUGCAGUCACAACAAUGUUCUAUCAAAAUUGGCUUAUAUUUCAAGAAGAGAGAAAUUCUAUUUUGACAACUAUGAUGCUUAUGAAGACAAUUCCAGUCCAAGGAGUGGGCCUUUGGCUCCUGAUAGGAAAGGAAUUUCAAGUAAACUGUACCAAUGGCUUCCAUCCAAGAUAUGCAAAUAA